AUGACUCUAGAUGUAAGCGAAGAAUUCAAGGAUGCAGCUGUUGAUUUGCUCUCUGGAGUUGUUGCUGGCACAGUAUACGUCUACGUAGGCCAACCACUAGAUACUUGCAAAACAAAGAUGCAGACAUUCCCCCACCUCUACAAAAACGGUUUGCAGUGUCUCCUAAAAACAGCAAGACACGACGGUCUGCGCGGGCUAUAUGCUGGAACUGGCCCAUCCCUUAUAACCAGCACCUCAGAGUACUCGAUACUGUUCUUCAGUUACGGUGGAGUGAAGAAAUUCCUCAAAUAUAUGAUGGGGGUGCCAUAUUCCCAACAUAUGAGCACUCUAUUCUACGCGACAGCAGGUUGUAUGUCCUCAUUCUUUUCAUCUUUGGCCAUUUGCCCCACGGAACUGGUCAAGUCUAGGGUACAAGUGCAAAAGGAAUUGGCGAAGUACAAGUUUGGAGGAAGGAAGGAGAUCACAGGACCGACGCAAGUGGUGUCGGAGAUACUUGAAAGAGAUGGAGUUCGAGGAAUGUUUAGAGGAUUGGGAGCGACUCUGGCGCGCGAGAUGCCUGGAUACUUUGUGUAUUUUUAUUCCUACGAAUACAUGAGGAAUACACUGAGGCGUCCAGAUCAGAAAAAGUAUGAAAUAGGUCCAGUGAAGACGAUGAUUGCGGGUUCAACAGCUGGAGGGAUGUUUUGGGCAAGCACUUUUCCAAUAGAUGUAAUUAAAUCAAGAAUACAAGUAUCAGCUACGAAGGAUAAUAUGUUUGUUGUGGGUUAUAAAAUACUAAGAGGAAAAAGGAUCAGUAAAGUAAAAACUUUACAAAGUGCCAUCAAGUACAUACGAGAAUUAGAAUUGAUGCUGCACACAAGCAACUAUGUGGAAUCCUACAGUCACUUCGAGGGUAAAUAUUUCUUUUGAAGAAGAGUUUCUCGUUCCUUCCUCAAACGUAAGUCUAGUCUAAAAUUGUAAAUGUUAAGUAUCUCAUCUAGUCUUUCUAGAUAUUGUAAGUAAAAAUGUUUUAAAAUAAAGAAUUUUUAUUGGAACAAA